GGUUCCAGCCACUUCUGACAUCACUUCCUCUGGAUGAAAAACAAACAAAUCUGGACAAAUGUACUUAUCUUUGGGCUGGUUCAUUUUCUUUUCUGCAGACUUUUACUAACUUGCUCCUCCACUUCCUGUUCCUCCUCUUCCUGAUCCUCCUCUUCCUUACUAGCCUUUCAGUCCACGAGCUUCUCAGGUUGGGAGCUGCCGGUCAAAAAAGACAUGGAUUUGGGAAGCUCUGGAGGAAGUCCCUGGGGCUAGCAAUUUGAGUACCUACCUGACUAACUGGCUCUGGACACUAGAAUGGAGGCCUUGUUUUCUAGGAGAACCAUUCAACUCUUUACCAUUUUGUGCUUCAUCCUUCUUCGCCAUCUCAACUCAGUGACAUUCAAAGUUAAUGGUCCUGCUCAGCACAUCCUGACCUUGGAGGGGAAAGAUGUCCUGCUCUCUUGUCACAUUUCACCAAAGAUGGAUAUUCAGAACAUGACGAUUAAAUGGUUCCAAGACCAGACCCUCGUCCACAGGUACCACAUCUGGAAGAAGGUAGAAGAAACCCAAGGUCCUGAGUUUCAAGGCAGGACGGAGCUGAUGAAACAUGACUUGGCUGAAGGGAAAGCAACCUUGAAAAUCUACAAAGUUCGAUGCUCUGAUUCUGGGAACUAUACUUGCCAUUUCCGGUCACCUGACUAUUACAAUGAAGCCCACUUUAGGCUGCAGGUAUCAGAGACUCCUCCACAUUGGAAGACUUCGUAUCUUUCUCUGAAGAUAGUCCUGUACAUAGCCAUCUGGAUUAUUGUGCCAUUUUCUGGCCUUGUCUUUAUCAUCUGGGCUUUUAUUGUCUGCAAAAAACACAGAGGUAAUCUAUAUCGGUGGGUGCUAAAGAGAGGAAGAGUCUUGAGUCCAGUCUGCUGCCGUGUUUACCCCGAAGUCCUCUAAGAUACUUUGAAAGCACUGUUAGAAAGAGAUAAUUGCCAAAAUCUGGACUAGGAAAGCAGAUCUUCUGGAGAAGAUGCUAUAAGGAUGUUUUCAGAAAUCAAACACUACAUUAUCAGAUUUUGAGUGCAUCUUUGGAUAUAAUAAACUGAACUGAGGCAGGGUUGAGCCUCCUAUUUAUCCUAUUUAUCCUGAUGGUAAGCACUUUGUGGAAGAGGCAUGCAUGCAAAGGACAGAAGCUGGAGAUGGAUCAGCUGUCAAUCAAAGGAAAAUUCCAUUUGGAAUAUUACUGGGAAAAGCAGUUUGGAGCCAAGCCAGAAUUGAAUGUUUUUCAGACUUUUGGGCUGAUGGUGGUGACUGAAGGAAGAAGCUGGGUUUAUCUCUGAGAAUUGGGAUAGUCAAGUUGGAGGUGGCCUGGCUGAUUUGAAGGCAGAAGAAGAAGAAGGAGAACAGUCCAUAUAUCUCUUUCUGACUGACUCUGUUUCAUGUUAGUGACUGAAUUGCCAUUUCUCUAAAUAUUCUCUAACUUAAGGUUCCCUGUAGAUAAUAGGAUAAUCCUAUCCCUCUUAUCUACAUCCUCCACCUUUCCUGUUUUCCCCAAUAAACCCUUACUUGAGAUAAAGAAGAGAAAAGGGUAUUUCCUCUGAAACAUCAUAGCUCACCCUGAGUGACUUAGAAGGAGGAUGAAGAAGGGGGAAGGAGAAACUGAAGGGAAGAAGAAGGGAAGAAGGGAGAUUGGAAGACAGGAGGAUGGGAGGUUUAGAGGGAGGAGGGUACGCAAAAGAAAAUAACUACCUGAUCUAUUAGUUAUCUCGUAUCCAUCAAUUAUACCUCAAAUAUACAUCAAAUAUCAUCUAUUACAGAUUGGCACCCCUAAAAGACUGAACUUUACAAUCCAUAAAAAACAGCAGAAAAAAUGUUUAAACAAGUGCUCUGUGGAAUUGUGCUGGCAGCCAUUACUGGAUUUUGGGUUUAUAACAUCCUCUAUAGCAAAAUGACCAGCAUGAUUUUUGAUUCUCUGGAUUAUCUUGGCAACACCACCGUGUUCAUACUCCACUUGCCAUUUCAAAGUGAAACUAUACUCUGACAGAUUUUGACUCAAGUUCAUAUCAUUUCUAUGGCAGCUUUAUAGACUCUGACCUAUUUGGAGAAUAUUUAUAGAUUUGUAAUUCCCCAAAAGGCAGCUCAGAUAAUGGUGGUAGAUACUAACUUGGAAAAUGUCAUUAAGAACAUGUGUGAGGAAUUUAUCAAGGCUAAAGGACUAGACCAGAUUAAGGAUAAGAACAAUGGCCAGACAGAUAGUACACCCAAAGAGAAAGAGAGAAAGGCAAAGAAAACAAAGGUUAAUGCAAAGGGAAAUGACAGUGAUAAGGACACUAAGUCUGAUAGUGAACCUGAAAAAAUUUUUCCACUAAAGGAUGUCAGUAUGUUAUCAAGUACAGCUGGUGUGUUACAAUCAAAAGUUUAUAGACAGUUUAUAUCCCAGGAACUUGAAUCCCUGAAGAAAUGGGUUCCAAAAUUCAUCGAUCAACCCUUUAAGAUGCAGAAAGAACUCAAACGUGCUUUCUGUAUCUUUGACCCAGAUUUCCAAGAUGUAGAAUUUCUCCUCCCUGAACUUUUUAGUCUCCAUGAGCAUCACCAGUUCAUUGAGAAGACCAGGUCAGAAAACAACCUGAGUAGUUGGCCCACAGAGGAGCAAAGAAAAGACCUUGAUUUUGCAAAUUUCACAAGCAUGAUCUAUUAAGAAAAUGUAGGAAAGACUUGCUCCAAGCUAUUAAGCUCUGUUGCUCAAAGCCUAAUGCAUGGGCAAGAUUUGAUAAACUCAUGCAAAAUACAGGGGUACAUCUAGCUUCAUUUAUAGAUCGUCUCUCUGAAAUGGUUGAAUCAAUUAUGAGUUUAGAGGCAAAUAGUGAGGAAUCUACUAGUCAUGUGAGAAGACAAUUUUUGAAGGGAUGCACAGUUCACUUAAAGAAAUUUUUCAAACAUUACUUCCCAAAGUAUGAUACUAUGAGUCUGAUUGAAUUACAUGAAACUGCAAGUUACCUCCAUGAAAAUCAUUCAGAACAACACAAACAAAUGCAAGAUUUAAAGGAAAAAUUCGAGGUAACAGAGAAAAUUUUAAGAGAAAAGGAGAUUAAGGAAAUCAAGGAGCUAAACAGUAGUAGGACAUACAGAAAACCUAAUUAUAAACCAAAAACAGUACAGAGAGAAACUAGACAAUGCUUUUUCUGCCAUAAGAAAGGACACCUGAUUAAAGACUGUUUUCUGAAAAAGAAAUAUGGAGUAAAUAACGACAAAACCACACAAGAUAGAUACAGAAAGCAAAAUUCCACUUGCUGUUCUCACUGUAAGCUAAAAUUCACAUAACAGGCAACUAAUUUGGAGGAAAUGCAACAGGCUAUUAAAUCAGGAGCCAAACCUAAAUAUUCUGACAUGGUUAGGAAAGGAUUAUGAAGCCAGACCUAUAAUGUAUGUAGUUUGGUACAUGGAGAUAGAAGAAAUGGUGGAAAAGAGACUGAUGUUAAAAUCAGGAGAAUAAAGAUGAGAAACAAUGAAAAAUUUGUGCAAGAAAGUGAAUCUGUGAGUGAUAGCAUAUUCGAUCAAUCAAGAGACAGGCAGAGACAAGUGAUAUAGAUAGAUGCAGUAGUUAAAGACAUCGUGUCUCAAAUGGCAACAGAGAUAAGAGACUUAGAGAAAGGCUAUAUAGUAACCACACAGGAAAAAAGUGCAAAUCAAGUCAAAACAUUCUUGGAGAACUUUUUUCAAUGCAGAGUGGACACAGGGAUUAAAUUGUGUAAAAGAAAAAGACAAAGUCACAAAAAACUCAAGCAAGAGUUAAUGAAAGAUACAGAGAAACAAAAUUUCAAUUCCCUACAGGUUACUGUAACUAGAGAUGUAAAUGCUUUGAAAUCAUUCACAGAAUUGCAUGACAUCCCACCAAACUCUUCAAAUUUUCAUACACCAGUGCUCAAAGGAGGGAUGCAAAAAGAAAGAAAUGUUAAAGUUGGUGUGUGAACACUGUCAAGACAACUUCUGUAUUAAACACAGACAUCCUCUGGAUCAUAACUGCAAACACAGGGCUCAUCCUUUCUCCAAAGCAGGGUGUGCAGCUAUAAUGAGAGCUUCUGAAUCGAAGUCAUCUGGAGCUUCAAACAAAUUGUCUUCCAGUUGGCUAGCUCAGCAAUUAAGAGGGAAACAAAAGUGUCUUUGACCUGGCAAUGAUUCUACACAUUGUAAUAUAAUUUACAGUAAUGUGAGAUUUCCUACAAAACCUGUUAUUUACCUUUUGUUAACUUCUCUGAUAUUUUCUUAUAUUUUUCAGGGGUAAUUGUAAAAUGUAAUUAAAAUUGUUUUAAAUCAGUCUUAUUUUGGACAUAAUGGUUUCAUCACCUCCAUUACGAACAAAAAUGGUGCCUUUAAAUAAUAACUUUGUACAUUUAUACAUACUUUACAUUUUAAUUAUAACUUUAAUUUAUAACAAAUUUUAACAUUUUGUUCUUGUAUUGCUUUUUGAUCAUAACUUAAAUGUAUUAGGAUGCCAUAGAGUUGUUUCUGGUGUCUUUAUACCAUUGACUUUUUGGAGCUGUCUCUUAAAAAAAUCUAUUCUUGAGUUGAGGUACUUCAAAAAUUCUUGUACCUUUAUGUUUUGUGUAAAUUGGUCAAAUUUUGUUAGGUUAUUGUUCUUAGUGCCUGAGGAAAGAUUUGAAAUAAGUAUAUCUUUCUGCCUUUGUUUUUCCAAAACAAUUUUGAAAUGCAUUUUAAAAGAAUGAUCAGUAAUGAAUAUUUGGACAUAGUCAUUACUUAAGAAAAAUAAACCAAAAAUAUUUAA